GGAUGAUCUUGAACCCCCGCCCUGAGAAAGCUGACACUGAUCAGUAAUCAAGCAGGUUAAAAGAACAUGAGACAGCCGCAAGGGUUCCCGUCGGAGGAUCUUUAUGCCUCUGAUCAGUAACCAAGUGGAUUAAAAGUAUCAACUCAUUCUGGUCGACAAUUUCCUCACAAUCAAACUCAUCAACCAUGGGUGUUCAUGUGGUUUCAAAGCUGGAUAACCGCCAGCAUGCGAGCUUCGACCUCGAAGUCGCUCCUCAGAGCGAACUAUCCGAGUCCUCAGUAAGAAUCCGCACGCAACUGAUCAGUCUCUCUUCAAACAAUUUGAGCUAUGCCAGGAUGGGUGGAUUCUUACACUGGUGGGACACGUACCCCGUAUCCGAAGACUAUCCCGCACCAUACAACGACUCCUCGGCAUGGGGAAUCGUUCCAGCCUGGGGCUAUGCAACAGUGGAAGAGACGACCAUUCCAGAAUUAUCCAAAGGAACACUCCUUUACGGAUUCUGGCCCACGACCAGCACUCCAACCGAUCUCAAGCUCAAACGCGGCUCACCAGAAGGCCACUGGAUCGAGACCAGCGACCAUCGCCAGAAACUGAUGUCGCUGUACAACCGCUAUACGGUAACUCCGACAUCAAGCCCAAUCUCCGAGCUGACCACGCUCAAUACCCUUUCAGAUUCUGCACGGGACGAGCUGGACCGCAUGGCCUGGACCGCGCUAUUCCUUGGCGGGGUGGCCGGGUUCGUUCUCAGCGAGUAUGUUUUCUCGUCCAACCCAAACCAACCUCCCCUCCAUCCAGUGGGAAACCAAGCUGGGUUGCAGUGGACCCUGUCCGACGGGGAAUUGUCAUCCGCGGUAGUAGUGAACCUGGCAGCGUCGACUAAAACGGCCCGUCUCUUCUCGUACUACCUGUCGCGAAAGCCGGAUAGUUCGGCACCCCUUGGCUUGUUGCAGAUUACAUCAACUGUGUCGCGCAUUGAGGAAGCGGAUCGGAAUCUACCUACGUCUGUUCCUUCUAAGGUGGUUAGAUAUAGGGAUAUUAAUUCUAAGGAGUCUGCGGAAUGGCUGGCUAGCCGCAAGGCUUCCAAGAUUGUCAUCGUCGACUUCGGUGGUCGUGCGAAUGCUCUCAAUGACACACUUUCCCUGAUCAAGAGUCAUGCUGAAUUGCAAUCUUGCAAGGUUGUCAUUGUCCAGGUUGGCAAUGAGCAGAAAGUAUACUCGAUGGAGGAAAUGAUUGCUGGAAGAGCAGCCAUGGCGGAGCUUGGAAAGGUUCAAUACAACACUUCUGGUGUUCAAGACAUGAUACUCGAGACUAUUGGCCCGGAAGCCUACUUUGCAGCAAGAGGCGCACAAUGGGAAAAAUGGCUGGAUGAGCGACACUUGAGCGAACCCGGGAAGCAGAUUGUGUUUGGCAGCGGUGUCUCUGGUGCUGAUGGUAUCGAGGGAGGUUGGGAUAGACUGUGCCAUGGACAAGUAGGCGCUGAAGAGGGAUUGGUCUACAAGAUGCAAUGAGACUUGGAGUUCGACAUGGAUUAGUUUGAAUAUAUUAUUUAACAGACAGAAUGAGAAGGUAUUCGUGAAAAGAGC